GCAGCACACAUUAUACUUAUGGUAUGUAUAUGCCCAUCAUGGACACCAUGGAGCAUGGAUCAUGUAUGUAUGUAUGAGCGUCUAAAAGGUGCUGAUGCUGGCGUACGGCGAACCCCAUCACUGAUAAAGAAGCAUCGCCAGCAAACAGCCCACUGCAAAAGAAAAAAGUUGGGCAAAACCCAGAAGACAGAAAUCUGAAGCCAAGGCCAAAGCAGAGGCAGAGGGAGAGGCAAAAGGCAAGCAAGAGUGGAAGAAAAGAGGGAGGAGGAAGAGGAAGAGGAAGAGGAAGAGGAAGAUCUGAGUCAAGCUUGGCAAGAUGCAGAGGCCGCCCAUGCCGGAGGAUUACAGUCUGAAGGAGACGUCCCCCCACCUGGGGGACGGGCGGGUGAGAAGUAGUGGGUGGGGAGGUGGUGAGCGCUCCACCUCGACCUAUGACCUGGUGGAGCAGAUGAAGUAUCUGUAUGUGAGGGUGGAGAAGGCGAAGGACCUUCCGGCCAAGGACAUAACGGGCAGCCUGGACCCUUAUGUGGAAGUGAAGAUGGGGAACUACAAGGGCACCACCAAGCAUUUUGAGAAGAAGACGAACCCAGAAUGGAAGCAGGUGUUUGCCUUCUCCAAGGACCGCAUCCAGAGCUCCUUCGUGGAGGUCACUGUGAAAGACAAGGACAUUGUAAAGGAUGACUUCGUGGGGCAUGUUGUGUUCGACCUGAAUGAGGUGCCCACCCGGGUGCCCCCGGACAGUCCCCUGGCGCCGCAGUGGUACAGGCUGGAGGACCGAAAGGGGGAGAAGGUUAGGGGUGAGAUAAUGCUUGCCGUCUGGAUGGGGACUCAGGCGGAUGAGGCCUUUCCGGAGGCCUGGCACUCGGACGCUGCAACGGUCCAUUCUGAGGGUGUGACGAGCAUCCGAUCCAAGGUUUAUCUUAGCCCUAAGCUCUGGUAUGUUAGGGUUAAUGUUAUUGAGGCGCAGGAUCUCCAGCCCUCUGAUAAGGGACGGUAUCCGGAGGUGACUUGUAAGGUGCAACUGGGGAACCAGAUGCUCAAGACAAGGCCUUCGGCUACCAGGACUACUAGUCCUUUGUGGAACGAGGAUCUCGUUUUUGUGGCGGCUGAAGCCUUUGAGGAGCAUCUGGUGCUGAGUGUGGAGGAUCGGUCUGCACCUAACAAGGAUGAGGUUAUGGGUAAGUGUACAAUUCCCCUGUCUACUGUUCCCAAACGGCUUGACUAUAAGACUGUGAAUUCGAAGUGGUAUAAUCUUGAAAAGCCUAGCCUGGCGGAUACAGAGCCAAAGAAGAAGGAGAUUAAGUUUGCCAGUAGGAUUCAUCUGAGGAUUUGCUUGGACGGGGGUUAUCAUGUAUUGGACGAGAGCACACAUUAUAGUAGUGAUCUGCGGCCCACUGCAAAGCAGUUGUGGAAACCCUCCAUUGGGAUUUUGGAAGUUGGGAUAUUGAGUGCCCAUAAUCUGCUGCCCAUGAAGACAAAGGACGGAAGGGGGACUACCGAUGCUUAUUGUGUGGCGAAGUAUGGGUCGAAGUGGAUCAGGACGAGGACAAUUAUUGAUUCAUUUAGUCCCAGGUGGAAUGAGCAGUAUACUUGGGAGGUCUAUGACCCUUGCACUGUGAUUACAGUUGGUGUUUUCGACAAUUGCCACCUGCAUGGCCAUGGUGGUGGUGGGAAUGGAGACAAAGGCGGUGGGGGCGGGCCUUCGGUUAAGGAUGCCAAGAUUGGGAAGGUGAGAAUCAGGCUUUCGACCCUAGAGACUGAUAAAAUUUACACUCAUCAGUACCCCUUGCUGGUUCUGCAUCACAAUGGAGUGAAAAAGAUGGGAGAACUUCAAUUGGCCGUGAGGUUCACUUGCUCCUCGCUUGUUAAUAUGAUGGCUAUCUACACCAUGCCGCUGCUACCCAGGAUGCAUUACAUGUAUCCAUUGAGUGUAGGCCAGCUAGAAAGCCUGCGGUAUCAGGCAAUGAACAUUGUGGCUAUGAGGCUGAGCAGGGCCGAGCCUCCUUUGAGGAAGGAGGUCGUAGAGUACAUGAUUGAUGUGGAUUCUCACAUGUGGAGCAUGCGGCGCAGCAAGGCCAACUUUUUCAGGAUCAUGGGUGUGCUGUCAGGGUUCAUAGCCGUAACCAGGUGGUUUGGGGAGAUUUGCUAUUGGAAAAAUCCCGUGACAACGGUGCUAGUCCAUAUCCUGUACCUGAUUCUGGUAUGGUACCCUGAGCUUAUUCUGCCCACUGUUUUCCUUUAUAUGUUCUUGAUUGGAAUAUGGCAUUACCGCUGGAGGCCACGGCAUCCUCCCCAUAUGGACACUCGCCUCUCGCAUGCUGAGGCUGUGCAUCCUGAUGAGCUUGACGAGGAGUUUGAUACUUUUCCGACUUCGAAGGGAUCAGAUAUUGUAAGGAUGCGGUAUGAUAGGCUCAGGAGUGUUGCAGGUAGAAUUCAGACUGUGGUUGGUGACUUGGCGACCCAGGGGGAAAGGUUUCAGGCACUCUUGAGCUGGAGGGAUCCUAGGGCUACUACCAUAUUUAUUACUUUUUGCUUGUUAGCUGCCAUUAUUCUCUAUGUCACACCUUUCAGAGUGAUGGCUGUGAUUUCAGGCUUUUACAUGCUGCGCCAUCCUCGUUUUCGAUACAAGCUUCCUUCUGUCCCACUCAAUUUCUUUAGGAGGUUGCCUGCACGAACGGAUUCUUUGUUGUAAGCAGUUGAAGCUAUCAUUCAUUUUCUUGGGUUAUGCUUUUUUCUUCUUCUUGUUUUAUCAAUCACUAUUCCUCUUCCAACAAGCCCAACUUCCCAGGCUGCUGCUGCAUUUUGGCAAUUUAUACAAAGGAUAUGUCAGGAUGGCAUUUUGGCUUGACAAGGCAGACCAUUGUUUAACUUUUGUUUUGAGCAGGAAACUUGAUGUCAUUUUUUUUUGUAACUCCAAUUAUGGAAUUGAUAUUAGGCGGAGUUUAUGGUACUGGGAAGAUAUGAUGUAUACACUUACUACAUGCUAGUGGAGCUUGUGAAUUAUGUCUUUAGAUUUUAUCCCGGAACUUUAUACAGGGAAGAUUUGUACAGUCAGGUGGACCCUGUUUUUGGCAAUCCAUUUGCUUUUGAAACGGUUCCUUUCCUUUGUUAAUAAACAGUAGGUGCAGAAUUUAUGCCAAUUCAAAGAUUUAUGUUU